AGCGCCCGUCAAACAACGCGUCCACUUCCGUUUCUUUUCACUUUUCACCAGCAAGAUGAAAAUCGGUUUGUGUGCAUUCAGCGGGUAUAAGAUUUACCCCGGCCAUGGCAAGACCAUGGUCAAAAUCGAUGGCAAGACCUUCACCUUUCUGGACAAGAAGUGCGAGCGCUCCUACCUGAUGAAGCGUAAUCCCCGUAAGGUUACCUGGACGGUACUUUACCGCCGCAAGCACCGCAAGGGUAUUGAGGAGGAGGCCUCCAAGAAACGCACGCGCCGCACACAGAAAUUCCAGCGCGCCAUUGUUGGCGCCUCGCUGGCCGAGAUCAUGGCCAAGCGCAACAUGAAACCGGAGGUGCGCAAGGCUCAGCGCGACCAGGCCAUAAAGGUGGCCAAGGAACAGAAGCGUGCCGUCAAGGCAGCCAAAAAGGCCGCAGCACCAGCACCCGCCAAGAAGUCCGCGCCCAAGCAGAAGGCCACCAAGGUAACGCAGAAGUCUGCGCCUCGCGUCGGUGGCAAGCGAUAAACAACAACUAGCUGAUCGGUUGCUGCGAAGGGAAGUGAAGUGCUACGGUUUUUAUAACAAAAAUGAUUGAA